AUGAAACGCUCCUUUGGUGAUGAUUCACCUGCAAUCGAGCUGAAGAAACCUCAACUUUUCACUUCCGGGUCAGGAUCCGAUGCCUUUAGAGCCAUGCUAAUGUCUGCGAGACGCGUUUCGAGUCCCAGUUUGAAAGAGUCAGAACCACGCACCAAUUGCUACUACUGCGACUCGAUAGAUAGUCCAAUGAACUGUGAUCACUGUCGCCACAGCAUAUGCUCAAAUUGCAGCCUGGGAAACUCCACAACAUGUUUAAACUGCUGCUUGAACCACUAG